AUGGAUCCUCACCCGCUGACACGAGGCUGGAAGAGGCUCCUCCGCGUGUCAGCCGUGUGUCUGGUCCUCAUCUACCAGGCUCAUCUUUCCUGGGCUGCUGACAGAGUGAACAUCUCUAAAUGGGAUGAAGUGAAUAACAGCAGGAGCAGCAGGAUAAAGCAGCAGAAAUGGGACACCGCUUCCCAGGGAGGGCAGAACCUCCAGACAAAAGCUGCUGCACUAGAAAACAACACCUCCUCCUCCAGCGGUGCAUCGGUCAGCCGGACGGCCGCGUCCAACCAGACGUUCUCCAGCACAGAGAGGACGCCGACGCCCUCAUGGACGCUCGGCUCUGACCAGUCGUCUGCACCGAUUACAAGGAAAAUACCAGCCAGCCAAUCACCACCAACCACAACACCAGCCAGCCAAUCAACACCAACCACAACACCAGCCAGCCAAUCACCACCAGCCAGCCAAUCAACACCAACCACAACACCAGCCAGCCAAUCACCACCAACCACAACACCAGCCAGCCAAUCAACACCAACCACAACACCAGCCAGCCAAUCACCAUCAGCCAGCCAAUCAACACCAACCACAACACCAGCCAGCCAAUCACCACCAACCACAACACCAGCCAGCCAAUCAACACCAACCACAACACCAGCCAGCCAAUCACCAACAACCACAACAUCAGCCAGCCAAUCACCAACAACCACAACACCAGCCAGCCAAUCACCAACAACCACAACACCAGCCAGCCAAUCACCACCAACCACAACACCAGCCAGCCAAUUACCACCAACCGUACUAUCAGUGCUUCAGUCACCAGAUAACAAUGCACCACCCAUCCCCUUAUCUGACCCUUCAGCAGUCAGCUCUGUGAAACCCAUCCAAACACCGCCGAGCCAAUCAACAACUGGCGCCAAAGCAUCAAAUCAAUCGUCUCCUGACCAAUCAUUAACCUCCAUAGUGUCGGACAAUAAUUUCACAGCCAGCUCAGAAACUUCUCCCCAGCUGUCAUCGUACAGCUUAACGUCUCAUAACCAAUCACGGUCCAAUGCAACACCUCCUGACCAAUCACUGACGGGCUCAGAUUCAUCAAACAACUCGGCGUCACCAGUCAAUGGAGCCCUCGCCCCAGACCAGCGCCCGGUUAAUGUUUCCCUCAUCACCAGGCAAGUGAAGGAGGCCCUGAGGUCGUCGAUUCGUCUGAGUCCAGCGGAGCCGUGUGAGUUCCCCUGUCUGAACGGAGGUCAGUGCGUCCAGUCGGAGUCAUGUGACUGCAGCUUGUAUCAGGCCACUGGCCACAGAUGUCAAACUGUUCCAAACCCCGGCUUCGAGAGGGAGAUGACCUGCAGGACCUGGGGUCAGUACAACUUCGAGACCUUCGACGGCCUUUACUUCCACUUCCCCGGCCGCUGCACCUACACGCUGCUGAGGGACUGCGAGGAAACCGCUCAGGCCGGCAUCGUGGUCCAGGUCCACAAUGAUCCAGACUGCGGCGCCGCUCCCUACGCCUGCCAACGAUCAGUCAGCCUCUUCCUGCCGUGGGAGGGCGAGGUCCGGCUGCACAGCACCAACGUGACCUUCAAAGGUCAAAGUGUGCAGCUGCCUCAUCACAUCCACGACCUGCAGCUGGAGCAGAUCUCCCAGUACGUGCUGGUGACGCGGCGGCACGGCUUCACGUUGGCCUGGGACGGACGCAGCGGCUCCGUCUACAUCAAGCUCAGCCCGGAGUUCGUGGGCAGAACCUGCGGCAUGUGUGGAAACUUCAACGCAGACGUCCAGGACGACCUGAAGACGAGCUACGGCGUCCUGACUCAUGAGGUAGAACUGUUUGGGAACAGCUGGGUGGAGACGGAGCCACAUCAGGCCCGAUGUCUCUCGGUGCCGUCUGGCUUCUCCUCACCCUGUGUCGGAGUCGACGCUCACGUCCUGCUGAAAGUGGAGGAGGUUUGUGCGAUGCUGCUGGAUCCUCCGUUUCAGAGCUGCCACGACUUUGUCAGUCCACUGUCGUUCAUGGCCGGCUGCUCCAACGACCUCUGCCUGUCGGGCCCCAGCGGGGACGUGGUGUGCCAGGUGUUCAGCGAGUACGCCCGGGCCUGUGCCCACGCCGACCACCCACUGCACGACUGGAGGCAGCACAUUCCUCACUGUGCGAGGCAGUGUCCUCUCGGUCUGCAGUACAGGGAAUGCAUCAGCUGCUGCCCGGAGUCCUGCAGCCUGGAGCGGACGUGCAUCGACAGCAAACUGGCCUGUUUGGACGGAUGCUACUGUCCCGACGGUCUGAUCUACGAGGACGGGGGUUGUGUGACGCCCACCGACUGUCCCUGCGAGUACCACGGCAUGUUCUACCCGUCCGGACAGACGCUGCAGGAGGAAUGCAACAACUGCACGUGCACGGGUGGAGUGUGGAACUGCACCGACUACAGCUGCCCUGGCGAGUGCUCGGUUACUGGGGAUAUGUUUUUUCAGUCGUUUGACGGACGGAUCUUCACUUUUCCUGCGACGUGUCAGUACGUCCUCGCCAAGAGCCGAAACUCCGGAAAGUUCACUGUCACCAUCCAGAACGCCCCCUGUGGAGCCAACUUGGACGGGGCCUGCAUCCAGUCGGUGAACCUGGUUAUCGACGAGGAUCCGAGGACGGAGAUAACGCUGAGUCAUGUCGGGGAGGUUUUCAUGGCUUCACAGUACCGCAUCUCCCUGCCGUACUCUGACGACGUCUUCCAGAUCCAGGAGCUGUCGUCCAUGUUCCUCCAGGUGAAGACGGCGUUCGGCCUGCGUCUGCAGUACAGCUGGAAGGAGUUCCGUCUCUACCUGCAGGCCGACGAGCGCUGGAAGGACGACACGGUGGGGCUGUGCGGCACCUUCAACGGAAACAUCCAGGACGACUUCCUAUCUCCAUCAGGGAUGAUAGAAAGCACUCCGCAGCUGUUUGGAAACGCCUGGAGAGUCUCGUCGGCGUGUUCUCACAGUCUGACCACGCCUCCGCUCGACCCCUGCGACACACACCAGCAGGCCGUGACCUACGCCUCUGGGAUGUGUGACCUCCUGAACCAGGAUGUGUUCUCCUCCUGCCACGAGUACCUGAGUCCCACAGCGUUCCAUCAGCAGUGUCGCUCAGACACAUGUAAGUGUGGGACGCCCUGUCUCUGCUCCGCCCUCGCCCACUACGCUCGCCACUGCCGACGGUUCUCCGUCAUCAUCGACUUCAGAUCACACGUUACAGACUGUGACGUCCCCUGUCCCUCCACCAUGCAGUAUGGAACCUGUGUGUCGUCCUGCCAGCGCCGCUGCUCCUCCCUGUCCGUCCCACAGCGCUGUGGGGACGAGUGUGAGGAGGGCUGCGUCUGUCCUGAGGGAUCCUUCUACAACCACCGCACACUCACCUGUGUGCACAGGAGCGAGUGUCCCUGCAGUUUCCUCGGAGCAGAUUAUGAGCCGGGUGAUGUGAUCAUGACGUCUGCAGGUGUUCAGCUCUGUCUGAACGGUAAACUGGUGUCUCAAACAGAAGACAGUGACGGGUUGUGUCCGGCUGGUCAACUCUACCUGAACUGCUCGGAGGGGGGGGAAGGCCUCCUAUCGGAAAGGGGCGUGGCCUGUGAGCGUACCUGUGAGUCCUACCUGCUGAACCUCACCUGCUCCACACACGAGCCCUGCGUGGCCGGAUGCUCCUGCCCCCCCGGCUUCCUGAAACAUGGAGACGAGUGUUUCGGACCUGCAGCCUGCCCCUGUCUGUGGAAGGGAAAGGAAUAUUACCCCGGCGACAGAGUCUCCUCCCCCUGCCAUCAGUGUGUUUGCCAGCACGGGACGUUCCAGUGUGUGUUUCGUCCGUGUCCGUCCAUGUGCACGGCUUAUGGAGAUCGCCACUACAGGACGUUCGAUGGCCUGCUGUAUGACUACGUCGGCGCAUGCAAAGUCUAUCUCGUAAAGAGCAGCGCCGAUGCGAUGCUCAGCGUCACGGCCGAGAACAUCGACUGUUUCGACAGCGGCGUCAUCUGCAGGAAGUCGCUGCUCGUCAGCAUCGGACGAUCCUUCGUAGCGUUCGACGACGACACUGGGAAGCCGAAUCCAUCCAGUGUGAUCGACAGGAAGCAGCGGAUGCUCAUCUGGCCGGCGGGAUACUUCACAGUGAUUCACUUCCCCGAGGAGGACGUCACCAUCCUCUGGGACCGUAAGACAACCGUCCACAUCCAGGUCGGACCUCGCUGGCAGGGGAAGCUCAGCGGACUGUGUGGAAACUUUGACCUGAAGACGGUGAACGAGAUGCGGACGCCCGACAACAUCGACUCUCCUACGCCACAGGAGUUUGGGAACAGCUGGACGGCAGCGGAGUGUGUGAACAGUCCCGACAUCAGACACCCCUGCAGCCUCAGUCCUCUCAGAGAACCCUUUGCCAAGCGGCGAUGUGCCGUCCUGCUCGGCGAAGUCUUCCAGGCCUGCCACCCAGUGGUGGACGUUACCUGGUUCUACAUGAACUGUCUGGCGGACACGUGCUCCUGCAGCCGAGGAGGUGACUGCGAGUGUUUCUGCAGCAGCGUGGCAGCGUACGCACAACGCUGCUGCCACCAGGGGGUGCCGGUCGACUGGCGCUCCCCGUCACUGUGCCCUUAUGAUUGUGAAUUCUUCAACAAAGUUUUGGGUAAAGGCCCCUUCAGGCUCGUCCCCUUCAGGGAUCGGGCGAUGCUGUUGGCAGCCAGCAGGUCCGGCGGCUCCGUGUUCCUGCAGUUGGGGAACCUCAGCACCACCAGCACCACCAGCAGCACCAGCACCCCCAGCAGCCUAUCACAGUUCAUGAUGACACCGGGCCUCAGCAGAGCCCGACCCCACGACACAUCACGGGUUUCCUUUGAGGCGGCCCACAGACCCAACUACUUCCUGUACGCGAGCCCCAGCGGCCAGGUGAGGCUGGCCAAGUGGGAGGAGAGCGAGGCAUUCUGGGAUGGGGCAACCUUCGUCCUCCACAGGAACACCUGGGUCCCUGGCUACGACUCGCUGGAGUCCCACGCCAAACCCGGCUUCUUCCUGCACACCACGCUGCUUCGCAUCCACCUGCUGAAAUACAGACACGCCGACACUUACCGCAAGGCCACGCUCUUCAGACUGACAGGCCCAAACCCAGAAUCUCAGCCUCGUCCUCAGUGUCAGUGGAGGUACGACUCCUGCGUCAUCCCCUGCUUCAGGACCUGCAGCGACCCGGCGGCCGAAGCCUGCGUCACCAUCCCACAAGUGGAGGGCUGCCUUCCUGUCUGCCCCCCCCACAUGGUUCUGGACGAGGUCACCCGUCGUUGUGUUUAUGUGGAAGACUGUGAGUAUCCUCGGCUUGAUUUCAGUUAUUCAUUUGAAUCCCUCCAGAUUUCCUGUCUGAAAUUUUUUUUGCAACAGCCUCAGUGCUGCUGUAACACAUUUCUGUAUUGUUUUGUUUCAGGUAUUAAAGCCCCUGUUGUUGUGCAGCCUGUAACACCACCCGCUGCUCAGCUGACCUCUGCUGCCUCCACCUUCACCGUGAAGACCACAGUCCCCACUGAGUCCUCCGCUCCUCCACAUGAAUCUCCAACCACUAAAGUCAACACAGUUGCUCCUGCUGUCAACACACAGACCCUUCCCACCAUGGCCCCACCCGCCCCUGACGAGCCAACCCGACCAGUCACUGCUACUCCUGAACCAUCCAGAACAGCAGUACCUCUGGCUUCCCCAAAAGCAACCCCUGCUGUCAGGCCAGGGGUUGUGACGUCAACUGUCAGAGAGACAGAGGCCCCUCCCACCACUGUGACAGAUACAACAACAUGGGCGCACGAGGCACUGGGCUCCACCGUCAACCCCUCCAGUCUCAGCACGUCCAGGACAAGCAUCGCUCCGUUUGCCAUCACCGCUCUGUUCUGGAUCACUUCCUCCACCAAAGUCACGGACUUCCCUGAGCCACUGGUCACCACCACUGCCGCGACUCUGCAGCCGACUGCACCCGCAGCGCCAACCACGACCUCCAUCGUGGGGCAAACCAGCAUUACCAGCAGCAGCCGCCCUCUCUCUGUUGUCACACACUCAACCAAAGAGACCACAGAGGCUACAACACAUUCAGCAGCUGUUACUCCGACUGUAACAGCUUCCAGUCCCGCUCCGAUCUCAGAGACAUCUGCAGUCACAGGCAGAACCAUGGCUCCCAGUGUGGCCACCACAGCGUCCACAUACGCCCCCACAAAGAUGGUAACAGAGGAGAGACUUCCUCCAAUAACAACCACAACUAUCAUGCCUGGUUCACCAAGCGCAGCAUUCACAACCACAUCACCACUCUCAACGUCUCCUCCUGUCGAAACAGAAACUGUGUCUUUGCCCACGGCAACUUCGGCAGAGACCACAGAAUCGGGAAAGCCAGUGGCACCGUUUACUACCAGUAAAACAACACAACAUCUAACACCAGGAACAACAACACCGAGUCUUACCACAACUAAGAUUGAGUCUACCCCCCCUCCAGAUCUUACAACCUCUCCCACAUCAACCCCUGAGUCGCCAACAACAACCCAACUCCAUGUAGCAGUGACUACAUCUGCAACAUCUUCUCCGACCUCAGCGGCUGCAGCCUGGAGGACAACGACAGCGGAAGUGGACGUACCUGAGGCUACAGUUUCUGAAAAACCUGCAGCUACAACACCUGCACCUCCAUAUCCAGAGGUUACAGACGUGACAGCUCCUCAUGCGUCCCCCUCCACAGUCUACACUGAGAGAACCUCCUGGUCCGCUGCUGCCCCGACAGCAGAGAGACCCACUCACAUCACUUUGCCAAGACCGUCAGAGGCUCCAGAAACGUCCACCAUGUCCAUGGGUCCUCAUAUCACAACUAAACCAACUGCAAUGCUUGUGUCUCAUACCGAAACCACGACUGCACCAACGACAGAAAGCUUUGUUCAUCCUGGAACUAGCCUGCGGACCUCCGAGCAAUGGCAACCCACCCAUCAGGAAACCUCCUCCACCUCAGUCCUCAGCCCGACAGUGACAAUUACACCAGAGUUCACUUCUGAACCUGUUGUCCAUGUGGUCACUUCCACCAAAACUACAGAACUACCUUAUCCUGCUGUAACGCCAACAAAGCCGGUGGACACUAUUGCUACGUCAGCAGCUGUCACAACCUCCGCUGCCCAAACUACAACCUCAACUGAAGAAAUCACCACUACCACAACCAGGAUACUGUUUACACCUCCGUCACCUGCACCUGGUGCACCUGCCUCGCCCCUCGCAGCAGCUCCUACAACAGUGCCACCAGGUGAUGUCACCACCGAGCCGAGACCCGUUGUCUUCCAGCCAUUAACAGAAUCGACACAUCCAGUGACGGGUAGAGUGGAGGUGUCAACAACAGCAGCCACCAGGCUGCCUCCAUCUUGGUCACCGCUGCAGACAACUACGUCGGCAGCUCCAUGGACGACAACUUUUUCAGACAAAGUCACCACCCGUUUGGUAUCCACCGCAAGAGCUACACCCGCUACAACUGCUUCGAUCAUAUCGCGGACGACGACCCCCAGGACGACCCCAAGAGUCCCUGUGACAACAAGAGUCACCCCAAGGAUCACAGUGACCGAGCGGUCAACGGUCAGGCCACACAGUGCAAGGGUUACCAUAGCAACAAGGCCCCCAACAGUGACCGCCAGAUCGACCACUCUCGGGCCGCCGACUGUCGCACCAAGCCCCGGCACAACAACCACGUCAGCAGUGCCAUCUGCAAGCGUUGCAACAUCGACCGAGUCUCUCACCACAGUGAGCAUGACAAAGCUUGACAACACGACCGCAGCAGUUCCGGGCCCGACCACCAUCAUCCCCCGACCGCCGGCUCCUACUCUGACAACAGUCACAGAAUAUACUGCCGUCUCCACGAUGACCAGCAGAGAGCCAAUCACAUCUGAGAAAACUCAGACGACCAAAGAGACUGAAGCGUCACCACCCACAUCCCAACCAGGGAUGCCGCCAACUGACGAGCUCGUCUCCACCCAGGAGCCGAGGUUAACCUCUCCUGCUGCGACGACACUCCUAACAGCCACCAGGGUCAAAACUACUGAGUCGGACAAAGUGGGUCAGACCAGUCCAGGGUCAACAGUGUCUCCUGCACCUGCAACGACCAGACACACGGCAGAGGGCUCAACGGCCGAGGCUGUUGCACCAAUGAGGAUGUGCAGCCCUCCGUACGCAGAGAUCGUUGACGAAUGCACAAAGUACAUCUGCGUCAACAACCAGCUCGUUCUGUUCAACAAAUCUCAGAGCUGUCCCUUUACCUCCGAACCCCCGAACUGUGGCCUGCUCGGCUUCGCCAUCCUGGUCAAUGGAGACAAGUGCUGCCCUCAGUGGGACUGUCCAUGUCGCUGCUCGAUGUUUCCGGACUUGAAUGUGAUCACGUUUGAUGGGAACAGUGUUGCCAUCUACAAGGCUGCCUCAUACGUUGUGACCCAGCUGCCCAACGAGACCGUCAGCGUCCUGGUUCAGGAGUGUCCGGCAGACUCUGAGUCGCUGCUCCUCUGGAAUUUCACCAACCUCUGUCUGGUGGCGUUAAACAUCACACACAAGUCCAACCACAUCGUCAUCAACCGGCUGCAGAGGAGGCUUUACGUCAAUUCCCGAUACGCCAAGCCCCGUUUCAAGAAGUAUGGCUUUGAGAUCUACGACACAGGAAACAUGUACCUGAUCCGCAGCCCGGCCGGUCUGAAGCUGCAGUGGUAUCACAGCACUGGGAUGAUGGUGAUUGACAGCUCCAGCAACAAGCUUCCUACCAUUGGCCUCUGUGGUUUCUGUGACGGAGACCCAACCAAUGACCUGACUUUGGCCAACGGGACCACGUUGGGCGUGAGUGAGGAUCCGGCUCUUUUCAUCGACAGCUGGCAGGUUCCCAACACAACCAGCUACAUCAGCCACAGCCGCCGCCGCGAGCUCAACUGCUCGACCAGCGACUGCUCCGUAUGCAUGGACAUGCUGCAGAACCACCACUUCUCCUCCUGCCACGCCUUCGUCCCGCCCAGCACUUUUUGUGAAAUCUGGGUCCGAGAUGCAGAGUACGUCAACAACCAGUGUGUGGCGCUGGCUGCAUAUGUGGCCUCGUGUCACAAAUUUAACAUCUGCAUCGAGUGGAGGAGUCCGGAUCGCUGUCCCUUUGCGUGUCCCAGUACUCUGCGGUAUCAAGCCUGUCUGCCGGCGUGCACGUCUCAGUCCUGCCCCAACCACGACUUCGACUCCGACCCCGACCAGUGUUCAGGCCUGACCGAGGGCUGCGUGUGUCCUGAGGGGACGCUGCUCCACCGGCCCUACUCCGCCCUCUGCAUCUCACCCGACAAAUGCGCCUGCACCGACAGCUCCGGCGCUCCCCAUGCUCACGGCGAGGUGUGGAAGGCCUCGAAGGACGCCUGCUGCAUGUACCGCUGCGACAACGACUCCAUCGUCCCCUUGGAGUAUGACUGCUCGGACGUGGCUGUGCCCGUGUGCCGCAGAGCAGGGGAGGUGAUCAUCAGCCUGGCUGACGACACCAGCUGCUGCCCACAGAGAGUCUGCGUUUGUAACCAGAGCCUGUGUGACCUGGUCCCUCCUGAGUGUAAGUACGGGGAGAAGCUGGUUUCGUACUACAGGCAGGACUCCUGCUGUCCGCACUACGUCUGUGAGUGUGACCCUGAUCUCUGUGAGUCGGACGUUCCCACCUGCAGAGAGGACCAGACUCUGAUCGCCACCAGAGCCGACGGCAGCUGCUGUCUGGCCCACAUCUGCAUGUGUUCCUCCUCCUGUCCGGAGACUCCUCCUCCCUGUUGGGACGGGGAGGUGCUGACGGUCGACGGGAACGUCACCGACCGCUGCUGCCCCGCCUAUCAGUGUGUGUGUGAGCCCUACAGGUGUCCUCAGCUCAGUUGUGCUGUUGGGAUGUCGGUGUUGUCGACGUCCGGUCCCAGUCGCUGCUGCCCAAACCAAACAUGUGAAUGUUCCUGUGAGAAAAUCGCUUCCCCAAAAUGUGGCCUGGGAGAGGCCGCUCAGCUGGACCGGGCCUUCCUGUCCGACCCACAGAACCAGUGCUCCUGCAAAAGAUACAAGUGUGUGCGCGAGGCGGUGUGUGUGUUCGGCGAGCGGGGGGUGCUGCGGCCAGGCCAGACUCUGGUGGAACACGGGGACGACGGCCUGUGUCACAGCCGGCAGUGCAGCCGCAGCCUCGACCUGGCGAGCGGCUUCCACCUGCUCCGCACCUCCAGCAUCAACUGCUCCACCCACUGCCAGCCGAAUCAGAUCUACGUCCCUCCCAAAGACCAGUCGACAUGUUGUGGCGCUUGUAAGAACAUUUCUUGCCUCUAUGAACAUGAGAACGGGACGGUGGCGCUCUAUAAGCCGGGGAAAUCCUGGGUGUGGAACUGUGUGAAGUUCGACUGCAGAGACACUUUGUCCGGUCCCACACUCAUCUCCUACUCCUUCAGCUGCCCCCCCUUCAAUGAGACCGAGUGUAUGAAGAUCGGUGGAACAGUCGUAAGUUACAUGGACGGAUGCUGCAGAACAUGCAAAGAAGAUGGAAAGUCGUGUCAGCGGGUGACGGUGAGGAUGACGAUCAGGAAGAACGACUGUCGCAGUAACAGGCCGGUGAACAUCGUGUCAUGUGACGGGAAGUGUCCGUCCGCCAGCAUCUACAACUACAACAUCAACACGUACGCUCGCUUCUGCAAGUGCUGCCGGGAGACGGGUCUGCAGCGGCGCUCGGUGCAGCUCUACUGCAGCGGCAACGCAACCUGGGUCAGCUACAGCAUCCAGGAGCCCACCGACUGCUCCUGCCAGUGGUCCUGAAAACACUCACACACACAGAGUACGAUGUUCUGCUGCCUCUGCUGGCAGGGAGGUCGAACUGCAGCUUCAUCUGAAGCAGUCGACACGUGACGACUUUAUUUGUCAUUUAUAUUUAUGUUUGUAUUUUAGCCGAGAAAAGUUUUGAUGGUGCAAGAUACAAUUUUUACAACAAUUAAAUGUACAAACUGCACUUAAAGCUGUUUACGUAUCAUUUUACCAUCAUCUGUAGUUAAAGAUGGACGACAUGGCUGCUCCUUAAAUGUGAAGCCAAAUCAUCUUGAUCGCCCCUUUCUGGCUGGCUGCAGUAUAAUUCAUAUAUCUUGGCUCCUCCAUGUUAAUAGUUGGGAUCAGAGAUAUUUUGGCUUCAUUUUUGAUCGACAGGAUGAGGUUGAGACGUCAUCCAUCUUUAUUUUACAGUCCAUGGUUCAAAGUUACUGUUCAAUCAGCUGUAGCGCCACCUCCCUGUCAGCCUGCACACUCUCCACAUCUCCUCCCAUUGUGCCUGGUUUUUGUAAAUAACUAAGUUUUCUAAUGUUUGAAAAUGUUUUGCAAAAUCAAACACUUUGAGAUUUCCAUCUUACUAAGACAAUAAAUUGUAUAUGUACUGAUUACACACAUCUUUUAGAUAAUCAGAGGGAGUCAGGUGAAUGAACUGAUUUGAAUCCAGCAGUAUGUGGAGCACUUUGUAAUUUAUUUAUUGGAGUUCGGUAGAGCAAAGCUGUUUUUAU